AGGGGUGAGGAGGAGUAGGAAGAGGAGGAGGGAGAGGGCGAGGGAGAAGAGGAGGAGGAGGAGGAAGAGGAGGGGGAGGCGGGGGAGAAUGCCCGGAGCCGCCGCCGCUGCCGCCGCCGCCGCCGCGAUGCUCCCGGCUCAGGAGGCCGCCAAGCUGUACCACACCAACUAUGUGCGGAACUCGCGGGCCAUCGGCGUGCUGUGGGCCAUCUUCACCAUCUGCUUUGCCAUCGUCAACGUGGUGUGCUUCAUCCAGCCCUACUGGAUCGGCGACGGCGUGGACACCCCGCAAGCCGGCUAUUUCGGGCUCUUCCACUACUGCAUUGGCAACGGCUUCUCCCGGGAGCUGACCUGCCGGGGCAGCUUCACCGACUUCUCCACGCUGCCCUCUGGAGCCUUCAAAGCCGCCUCCUUCUUCAUCGGCCUCUCCAUGAUGCUCAUCAUCGCCUGCAUCGUCUGCUUCACCCUCUUCUUCUUCUGCAACACGGCCACAGUGUACAAGAUCUGUGCCUGGAUGCAGCUCACCUCCGCUGCCUGCCUUGUGCUGGGCUGUAUGAUCUUCCCUGACGGCUGGGAUUCAGACGAAGUAAAACGGAUGUGCGGAGAAAAGACAGACAAGUACACCCUGGGGGCGUGUUCGGUCCGCUGGGCGUACAUUCUGGCUAUUAUUGGAAUCUUGGAUGCGCUUAUCCUCUCGUUUCUAGCAUUUGUGCUUGGGAACCGACAAGACAGCUUGAUGGCAGAGGAACUGAAGGCAGAAAACAAAGCUGAGUAACUGAAGAAGCCAGAAAUGGAAUGAAAACACAGAAUGGAAAUCAUGGCCUUUUUGAGAAAUUUCUCCAAGUGAAGGGAAAGAGGAACAUGGGGAUCCCUUUAUCAUUUAGAUCAAUGAUUUUUGGCAGCCUUGCUUUACCAGCUGUGGAGCAGCCUGUGUGGGAUUUUGAACGUUAGAAAAUACAGCUGGGAUACAUUUGUUUCAUUCUCUUUUCCAAACAGUGCUAUAGCCCGAGCUUCUUCCAUGACCCUCUGGAUUCAAUAGCGCCCAGCUGCUAGAGCCCUGCUUUGGAGGAAGAAGAGCUGAGAUAGGAAAACUGGCAGGGGCCCUAUCAGGGUGCACCGUUAGGUCUUAUGACUAGAGAAAUGUUGAGCAUCAAAUAAUUCCCGUAAUGUCCUUCACAUACUUUUGGAACAAGAAGAUUGAGGAGGAUCUAGAUUUGUAGUUGCCAAGAACCUGCAAUGAUCCCGAAGCUGCUUGAUUCAAGUAAAACGCGCCCUGCUA